GCUUGUGUUGCUGAGUUUUCCCCGGCAGCGGUCGCAGGCGGAUGGAGAAGUUGAGCUGAAACUGCAAACACUUCGAACCCGGCACUUAGCGACGAAACUCGCUCAGCAGGAGAGGCAGCAGGUGAACUUAAAAAACCCCCAAACCAUCACUUGAUCAUGGGGAAAUCAGCUUCCAAACAAUUUGCUGAAGAAGUCUUGAAAGCACACAAUGACUACAGGAAGAAACACGGGGUCCCCCCAUUAAAACUCUGCAAGAAGUUAAACAGAGGAGCCCAACAGUAUGCAGAAGAACUAGCUACCACAAGGGUCCUCAAACACAGCUCUGAGUCUGCUAAUGGAAAAUGUGGAGAAAACCUAGCAUGGGCAUCUUAUGACCAACCAGGAAAGGAUGUGGCUGACAGAUGGUACAAUGAAAUAAAAAAUUACAGCUUUCAAAAUCCAGGGUUUUCUUCUGGGACAGGUCACUUCACAGCAAUGGUUUGGAAAAGCACAAAAAAGAUGGGAGUUGGAAAAGCAUCCGCUAGUGAUGGCUCAACAUUUGUGGUGGCUAGAUAUGAUCCAGCUGGAAAUGUAGUAAAUCCAGGCUAUUAUGAAGAAAAUGUCCUUCCUCCAAGAAAAUAACUUCCUUUCCCCCCCCCCCCUUUUUUUUUUUUUUUUUAAAAAGGUAGCCUUAUUGUUUAAUGACAAGUGAACCUGGAUUUGGACUUAACAGUGUUUGAAAUGAAGCACGAUUCAAUGAAAUUUCCUGUUUGAUACUGCUGUUCACUUCUCAUUACAGAGAAAGCAAUUACAUGUUGCUCGAGUCAGUCUGCACAUUAGGUCCCUGUUGUUUCUGAGGGAGCUUCAGUUUAUCUGAGGAUGAAGUAUAUGCAGAAUUUCUGAAGGGUAAAAUUUAUAAGUUGUUUUCUUUUUUAAUAGCUUGCAUGAACUCUGUGUCAGCAUGUGAGUAAGCCACAUGUUGGAUGUCUUUUUUUUAAGCAAGAACAUUUAUAGCUUUCUGUAAACUGAAGAUACCAGCUUGCAAUUAUAUCAUGUGCUCCCAGUUUUCCAGUGUUUUUUAAUAACUGUAAUUUCUUUGCUCUAUCUAUACCUCCUGCUACUGUGGGGCCUUCUCUCUGCAGAUAGAACAUAUGCAAAUCUGCCUGUAUGAAAGGUACACGUGUAAAAUGUAGUGGCAUUCAGACCUAUAUUUCUUUAUUAAGAGGAUCUCACAGAACACUAAAAUAUUGCUGGAAAAAUUGUAUCCAUCAAGCAAGCCAUAACUAAUGCAUGACUUGAAAGCUACUAGAAUUGUUUAAAUCCCAGUUACGUUUUAGGUGCUAAUAGUUAAAAUUCAUUUGAGAUGAGUGUGUUUCAAGUUCAAAUCCUGUCUCACAGUUUACAGUAUGUACAUUGUCUCAUAAUCAACUUGUUUACUUCUGUUACAGGAAGGUAAAAGACACUUUUUUCUCUUAGAUAUUUACGCACAAAUGAGUUUCUUUGAUGGAUUUUAUUUCUCAAUAACUUAUUUUUAUUUUCUAAGGAAUAUCUUCUGCAUGUGUUAUGCUAUACAGACAAUAACAUUCCCAAAGCAUCUCUUGUCUCCUUUAAUAAUGCCACAGUAGGAGGUAUUCACAUGGUCAUGAUUAAGAGAUUCACAUGAUCUUUGUUCAUAUCAUUCAAUAACAGUAAAAAUAUUUCACAUGCUGGAUUGAUGCCUUAAAAUAAAAAAAGAUCAGAUUGAAUUUACUUAAAAGCAAUCAAGCAAAAUUCCAAAGGACACUUUUUUUUCUCUUAAGAAACACAGAUUGGGCCCUUCUGGCCAGGCUUAUGUACUGUUUGAUUUGGGGUUUUGUUUUCUUUGUAAAUGUUUCCUUUGCCUUCUGCUGAGAUUCUGUAUGCCAGAAUUGAAGAGUGCCAUUAAAGAAAUACUUAUUUUUGUUUACAUAGUUGUAAUAAACUGCACUGUCAUGACUUGAUUAUAUGUCACUGUGAUGUUGUAUGUUACAAUCCUUUUGUUGUAACCAAGAAUUUAACACAUUUAACGAACAUCUGAAAACAAAAUAUUUUUGAAUAUGAAUUACUCAAGCCUUUGCCGUUACCUGAGUCUUUGUUGAAUAAUUUUCAAACUUUAUUUCCAGGACAUUAACAUAUGGCACAAUUACUUUUGCAACAUGGAGCAGAUAGUAUUCUAGUCCAGGAAAAAAAAGAUGAAACCUUCUAAGAAAUGCUAAAUCAAACAGCAGAUCGUACAUCAUCCCUUUAUAAAAAGAUUGAGCUAACCCUUGAAGCUGAGGAGGCGUACCUCUUUCUGUCUUGAACUCCUGCUUUGUAUCUUGUUUAAUUUCUGUGCUCCUUCUCUCAGUUGACAUGUUCUCAGUAAAGCAUACCCACUCGACUCCCA